AUGGAAAUACACUGUAAGCACGACCCGUUUGCAGCAAUGCAUAGACACGGAGGUGUGAACCAGCUGGGGGGCGUUUUCGUGAAUGGCCGCCCCCUGCCCGACGUCGUCCGGCAGCGGAUCGUGGAGCUGGCGCACCAGGGGGUGAGGCCGUGCGACAUCUCCAGGCAGCUCCGCGUCAGCCACGGCUGCGUCAGCAAAAUACUCGGCAGGUAUUAUGAAACCGGGAGCAUUAAGCCUGGAGUGAUUGGAGGAUCAAAACCAAAGGUCGCCACACCCAAAGUUGUCGAAAAAAUUGCAGAGUACAAACGCCAAAAUCCCACCAUGUUUGCCUGGGAGAUCAGGGAUAGACUCCUCGCGGAGCGAGUGUGUGAUAACGACACCGUGCCCAGCGUCAGUUCAAUUAACAGGAUCAUACGGACCAAGGUGCAGCAGCCACCCAAUCAGCAAGUCCCAGCCUCCAGUCACAGCAUAGCCUCCACAGGCUCCGUGACCCAGGUGUCCUCUGUCAGCACUGACUCUGCUGGCUCGUCCUACUCCAUCAGUGGGAUCCUGGGCAUCGCCUCUCCUGGCACCGAGAGCAACAAGCGCAAGCGCGAUGAAGGUAUUCAGGAACCUCCAGUACCCAAUGGCCAUUCUCUCCCGGGUAGAGAUUUUCUUCGGAAACAGAUGCGUGGAGACCUGUUCACCCAGCAGCAGUUAGAAGUGUUGGAUCGAGUCUUCGAGAGGCAGCAUUAUUCUGACAUUUUCACGACAACAGAGCCCAUCAAACCAGAGCAGGCAACUGAAUACUCAGCCAUGGCAUCAUUAGCUGGAGGACUGGAUGACAUGAAGGCCAACAUAAGCAGCCCUACUUCUGCAGAUUUAGGAGCAAGUGUUCCUGGACCACAGUCAUACCCUAUCGUAACAGGUCGCGAGCUGGCAAGCACAACCCUCCCAGGAUACCCUCCACACGUCCCCCCUGCUGGACAGGGCAGCUAUUCUGCCCCUGCGCUGACAGGAAUGGUGCCUGGGAGUGAGUUUUCUGGGAGCCCAUACAGCCACCCACAGUACUCAACUUACAACGACUCCUGGAGGUUUCCCAAUCCCGGACUUCUGGGCUCUCCUUACUACUACAGUGCUGCAGCCCGCGGAGCAGCCCCACCAGCAGCUGCUGCCGCCUAUGACCGCCACUGA